CGCUCCCCAGCGCCAGCAUCACCACCUCAGCUCCACCUCAGAUCAUCAGACUAGAUUCUCAUAGGAGCCAAAAAGGUUGGGGACCGCUGCUCUAACCUGCUGCGUUCAUAUGACAGAGGAGCAAUUCUCUUAAGAGCUUUUAAACUCUUUUGCCCUCAUUUGAAAGCCUAACUCAUUCUCCUAUUUCGUUAAACAUGUGGUACGACCGAUAAGGAAGAAAGAAAAGCAUGUUGUCACUUGAGUGAGACUGCCUUAGAAAUGUUACCAGGUCAGUGUUGGGUGUUUCCUGUCCUUGGGAAAAGAGCAGGCCUAAACAGUCCCUUCCUCCUCUUGUAGCAGUUCCAAGGAAGGCACCGUGAUUGAGACUAGAGAUGCUUUCUUAGCUGAUUUUUAAUUGUCAAUUUAACUUUUAAAACAUAGCAGAAGGAUGGGAGUAAAAAGAGGCUAUAUUCUUAAAGGAUCUCUCUCACAUAAACAUUGUUUAUUGAACAAAAUGUGAACUACCUAGAGAAUAGAAUUGGAAAGUCAGUGAGAGAAACAAAGACCUAUAUUUACAUUUUGAGCCUCGUUAUUAGAUUUUGUGCACAUUAAUUCCUCUAACCUCAAUUUCUUCUUAAGAUGGGAGAAAUAAUAUUUAUCUCAGAAUUAUUCUGAAGAGUAAAUAAAGGCUUUAAAGCCUUUAGCACAGUGUCUGGCCCAUAGUAGGUACUUCAUAAACAAUAGCUAUAUCAAUAAAGUAAUGCUGAAUACCAAGCCAAAAGAAAAAAGUGGAAGGACAUAGGGAACACAAGGAAGGGUGAAAAUAAAAUGAUUAUCUGUGUGUAUAAAAUAGAUAGCAAUUAGGCAGGGGUGUCAUGAGGAUUAUUAGUGUGAUAGUGACCUUGUUGCUAAGUGCAAAAGCAAAACAAUGAUAUAAAAACAAGUACGCUAGGCACUCGGUGGAGGAGAGAGAUGGAGGCAGAUGCUGCAGUGGGAAAAAGCUGAUUAAAUAGGGGCCUUUGAUUCCACAGGCACAAAAUUCCACAGCCAGGAAUUUGCUGCCACCUCUGAGUCAGGCGGGGGGUGGGGGUGGGGAGUUUGUACAAUUCCACUAGUAGAGAAUGCCCAGUGGUUUUAGUCUGAGAGUCACAUUUGUUAUCUGGACCAGUGUAAACAGAAGCAAGCCCAGCUCACUCGUUUCCUGGGACGGCUGAGCUAGGGGAUGGCUUUCGCAGAGCACUCCCUGCUGACCCCUCACCGCCGGGACCUGUGUAGCCGCUCUAUCUGGCUAGCGAGGAAGAUGCGUUCAGACCUGACUGCUCUUACGGAAUCUUAUGUGAAGCAUCAGGGCCUGAACGAGAACAUAAACCUGGACUCUGUGGACGGUGUGCCAACGGCGAGCACUGACCGGUGGGGCGAGCUGACUGAGGCCGAGAGACUCCGAGAGAACCUCCAAGCCUAUCGUACCUUCCACGUGAUGUUGACCAGGCUUUUAGAAGACCAGCGAGUGCAUUUUUCUCCAGCUGAAGGUGACUUCCAUCAAGCAAUACACACCCUUCUGCUCCAGGUUGCUGCCUUCACUUAUCAGCUGGAGGAAUUGAUGGCGCUCCUGGAACACAAGAUCCCCCACAACGAGGCCGACGGGCUGCCCGUCAUUGCUGGAGAAGGUGGUCUCUUUGAGAAGAAGCUGUGGGGCCUGAAGGUGCUGCAGGAGCUUUCCCAGUGGACGGUGAGGUCCAUUCACGACCUUCGAGUCAUUUCUUCUCAUCAGAUCGGGAUCUCAGCACAUGGAAGCCACUAUGUCGCCAACGACAAGAAAAUGUAGCAGUUACCCCACCCCCUUCUUUUCUAAUGGAAUCUACCUAGUGCUCUGAGGCCUUGCUUUCCCAUUCUUAAAUUUUCGAUCACCUCUAAGACCACAGGCGUUUUCAUUGAUAGCGCUGGAGACGUGGACAAGUGGGCACGCAGGUUUAAUUGG